UCGAGCUCAUAUCAGUGUUUCAUUUAGAUUCUAAAAGGCUAUUCUUGUAACUCAUCCCUCCAAACAGAUGCAUGAAAUGAUCUUUGACAUAAACGGCAAACAACGUGAACGUGUAUAUAUGCGCUGAUCAGUUUUGUCCCGUUUGCGCCGCAUUUCAGAUCACUAAAAGCGCGCGAGCGCCGCUGUUUAAACUUCAACGGUUUACUGUGGGCUGGCUGCUCUCAGCUCUCGGGAGAACGACGAUUACAUUGGUGGUGGAAUGAAAUUUUAAUGGAGAGCACUUAAGAGACUAAGCAAGGAGUUGGAUUCAUUCUGAACAUUUACACCAGUGUGAGAACAGCUUCUCAGCAAGCUCUCAUGAUGUUCUCGUUGGUGGCAGUCUGUUUUCUGCUGAGCUCUUUUCAAGCUCAGAGUCGCUCUAUUGUGGAUAUCUUGGAAAAGAGCUGUGAGGAGAUUGAAAACAGCACUGAGCAAGAUGACAUAUCAGUGUCAGCUAUAAUUGAAAGGGCCAACAAACAUGCAGGACAGAGACUGAAUGAGCCCUCGAUUGUAUUUGGAGACAUCGCUGUAGCAGCAGGCUUGGAAAUCACAGAUCCAUGCGCAGCUCUUGGAUGCAAAUGGCAGAAAAGCAAAAAUGGAAAAGUCUAUGUGCCCUACAUCAUCUCUGAUAAAUACUCCUCAGAGGAGAAGGAUAUCAUUUUACAAGGCUUGAGAUCUUUUGAGAAAUCGACCUGCAUUCGCUUCACGCCUCGUACAAAACAGAGGGACUAUAUCAACAUACAGUCUAAUUCAGGGUGCUACUCUUUUGUGGGUCGUCGAACAGGAGGUCAGACUGUGUCUCUGGACCAUGCUGGAUGCAUCUCACUGAGUAUAGUGCAGCAUGAGCUGCUUCACGCACUGGGCUUUCACCACGAACAGAACCGCAGUGACCGCGACAAUCAUGUCCAAAUCCUUUUUAAAAACAUCAUUCCUGGGCAGGAGUACAACUUUGACAAAAUCAAGACUAACAACCUGGAAACUGCCUAUGACUACAGCUCUGUGAUGCACUAUGGAAGGUUUGCCUUCUCCAAGAACAGACAGCCAACCAUCAUCCCUAUUCCUGACAGUAACGUGUCUAUUGGGCAAGCUGAGAAAAUGAGUUCAAAUGAUAUUCUGCGUAUUAACAGACUCUACUGUAGUAUGUUUUAA